UUUCCAGAUGAACUCUGUUAAACGUAUACUGAAUUAUACCAAAUUGAAAUCAGAAGCAUCAUACGAAAGUUCUCUCGAUAAACAGCCACCCCCAGAUUGGCCACAAAAAGGAGAAAUUCACUUUGAUAAUGUUUCUUUACAAUAUUCGAAGGAUAAAAAUACUGUUUUAAAGCACUUAACAUUUCGUAUUUACUCAGGAGAAAAGAUAGGAAUUGUGGGCAGAACAGGAGCAGGAAAAACUUCUAUAAUUGCUUCAUUAUUUCGCAUGACAGAGCCGACAGGGACAAUAACCAUCGAUGGAGUUGACGUUAAAGAUAUCGGACUUCGGGAUCUUCGUAGCAAAAUAUCUAUCAUUCCUCAAGAUCCGAUGUUAUUUACCGGUCCUCUUCGAAGAAAUAUCGAUCCUUUCAAUGAAUAUUCGGAAGAAAAUCUGUGGCAAGCCAUUGAAGAGGUGCAAUUAAAAGAAGUAAUUAGUAAAUUACCUGGCGGAUUGGAUACACAUUUAUCAGAAGGAGGACGAAAUUUCAGCGUUGGGGAAAGACAGUUAAUUUGCCUUGCCAGGACCAUUCUUCGUCAGAAUAAAAUUCUUGUCAUGGACGAAGCAACAUCCAAUAUUGAUAAAAGAUUGAAUAUUAUUCAAUUAACUGUUAGUUUGUUUUAUUCGCAAUUGUUUCCAGAUUCAGUUAUAGAUCACGAAAACUUUGUUCAAGUUAGGCAUUAA